UCGCGUCGCGCGGCUCGUCUUGUCUCGGCGAACAGUUUACCCGAGGAUCGACUUUUAAUCUCGCGACGAUAACGUCGACUUUUCUGCGUUGAUUCCGGCGAGCCCGAAGCAGCAGUGCGUCGUUGACCAUCGCGGCGUCCGCUGAGCCUCGGUGUCGAGGUCCACGUACCGAUCCACUCCCAGCCCUCCGUUCCGAUUCCCUCGAUUCGGUCGAACCUCUUCGAAUCGCGCACAGAUUCCCCGGCAAUUCCCGCGGCGCCCGGCCGACCACUUAUCAGAUUCCCACCGCGGAGCGGGGACGUCUCUUUCCAAUCGGUAAUUAACUUCGCCCCCUUCCGAUCCAACGCCGCGAGAGCCAGCGGGUGGUAGAGAGCGAUCGUCGCGCGGCGUUCGUUCAAUUAGGAAAAUCGUGAUUUGUGUGUUGUACACGGCGAACAGCGUGGCCAGCCGAGGAACUCCGACAACCAACAGCCAACAACCAUGUACUCGGCACUGUUACUACUGAGAUCCACCAAACUUGGACGCUAUCCAAGGAGAUUGGCUUCGUCCACCUCGGGACUAAGGAAUCCCGACCCGGCGGGAACCAGAGUGGACCUGCGGAGGGAUCUGCAAACGGCGGAACGGCCUAGAACGUCGACGACAUUCAGCGAGAGGAGUCAGCUGAAGUACGCGCGUCGUUUGGUGGUGAAGAUGGGCAGCGCCGUGAUCACGAGGGAGGACGGCCACGGGCUGGCCUUGGGACGGCUGGCCUCGAUCGUCGAGCAGGUCGCCGAAUGCCAGAACGAGGGCCGAGAGUGCAUUAUGGUGAGCAGCGGGGCGGUCGCGUUCGGCAAACAGAAGCUCACGCAGGAGCUGCUGAUGUCCCUGUCGAUGAGAGAGACCCUGAGCCCCGCGGAUCACACCAGGGAACACGCAGGCACCAUGUUGGAACCUAGAGCAGCGGCAGCGGUGGGCCAGUCGGGCCUGAUGUCCCUGUACGACGCGAUGUUCGCGCAGUACGGCGUGAAGCUGGCCCAAGUGCUGGUCACAAAGCCGGACUUCUACAACGAGGAGACUCGCAAGAAUCUGUUCAGCACGCUCAGCGAGCUGAUCAGCUUGAACGUCGUGCCGAUCAUCAACACCAACGACGCGGUGUCCCCGCCGUGGCAAACGAACGAGGAGCACGCCGGCGGAGGCGGGAGAAGAGGCAUCCCGAUCAACGACAACGACUCCUUGGCCGCGAUGCUGGCCGCGGAGGUGCAGGCCGACCUGCUGAUCCUGAUGAGCGACGUGGACGGGAUCUACAACCUGCCGCCGUGGCAGGACGGCGCGAAGAUGCUGCACACUUUCAGCUCCGACCUGCGGGGCACCAUCAAGUUCGGGCAGAAGUCGAAGGUCGGCACCGGAGGCAUGGACUCCAAGGUGAACGCUGCCCUCUGGGCGCUCGACCGAGGCGUCUCCGUCGUCAUCUGCAACGGCAUGCAAGAGAAGGCCGUGAAGAGCAUCCUGGCCGGCAGGAAGAUCGGCACCCUUUUCACCGAGACCACCGGCUCCAGCACUCCCGUCGAGGUCGUCGCCGAAAACGCUCGCGUGGGCAGCAGAACUCUUCAGGCUCUGCGGCCCGAGGAGCGAGCGGGCUGCAUCAACGCUCUGGCCGAUCUGCUCGAGUCCCGGCAAGCCGGGAUCCUGGACGCGAACGCGAAGGACCUCGAAGAGGCGAAGAAGAGCGGCCUGGCGGACGUCCUGCUCUCCCGGCUCUCCUUGACGCCCGCGAAGCUGAAGUCGCUGAGCUCCGGGCUGCGGCAGAUCGCGGACGAUUCCCUGACGAACGUGGGCCGCGUGAUCCGCAGGACCAUGCUGGCCGAGGGCCUGGAACUGAAGCAGAUCACGGUGCCCAUCGGCGUGCUGCUCGUCAUCUUCGAGUCGAGGCCCGACAGCCUGCCGCAGGUGGCGGCCCUGGCCAUGUCCAGCGCCAACGGUCUGCUUCUGAAAGGCGGCAAGGAAGCUGCUCACAGUAACAAAUACCUGAUGGACCUCGUGAAGGAGGCGCUGAACACCGUGGGCGCCUCGAACGCGAUAUCUCUGGUCUCGACCAGGGAGGACGUCGGGGAUCUGUUGUCGAUGGAGAAGCACAUCGACCUGAUCAUACCGCGAGGCAGCUCCGACCUCGUUCGCACCAUUCAGGAGCAAUCGAAGCACAUCCCGGUGCUCGGCCACGCGGAGGGCAUCUGCCACGUGUACGUGGACAAGGAAGCGGACUUGGCCAAGGCGACCAGGAUCAUCCGGGACGCUAAAUGCGACUACCCGGCCGCCUGCAACGCGAUGGAGACGCUUCUGAUUCACGAGAGUCACAUGAAAGGCACCUUCUUCUCCGAUGUCUGCAACAUGCUGCAGAAGGAAGGAGUGAAGAUCAAUUCCGGGCCGAAAUUGAGGGAGCUGCUAACGUUCGGGCCGCCAGCCGCGAAGAGCAUGAGGACCGAGUACGGCGCCCUCGAAUGCACGAUCGAGGUCGCGUCGGAUCUUGAUGACGCGAUAAAUCAUAUUCACAAAUACGGGAGCGGGCACACCGAUGUCAUCGUCACCGAGGACAACAAAAGGGCCGCCCACUUCCAAAGGGAGGUCGACAGUGCAUGCGUGUUCCACAAUGCCAGUACACGGUUCUCUGACGGAUACAGAUUCGGUCUUGGCGCGGAGGUUGGGAUUUCCACCGCGAGGAUCCACGCGCGUGGUCCAGUGGGCGUCGACGGUUUGCUGACCACGAAAUGGGUGUUGCACGGCGAUGGUCACGCGGCUGCUGAUUUCGCCGAGGGCGGUGGCAAAGUAUGGCUGCAUCGAACCCUGCCGCUGAACGAGUCGGCAUGAAUCGAGUCGGUUACCGAGCGUAACAGCUUCGAACGGAUCGAGACAAGGAUUUGUCGUCGAGGAACAACGCCGAGAAGCGUCUGUGGAUCAGCCCUCCGAUCGUUGACCGCGAAAUGUUCGCGGUUCGUUAAAAAUCUGACGAAGUAAAGCAGCUUCCGUGGAAACCUUUCGCGCGUACGAACGGCGAAACCGAUUCGAUUUUCAACGAAUCGCGCAAAAUGUAAAUUAUUUUUCUCAGAUAGUUGUAUAGCAAAGAUAUUCUUCUAGAGUAAGUAUUUAAUGGUAAGAGUUACUGCCGAUUUAAAUUCAGUAGGAGACUAUAUUUUCGUUACCCUUUUUCGAGGAACACCAAAGAAUGUUGGAUAAUUCACUUAAGGUGAAACGAUGUAUUUUGAACUGUUGUAAAGAUGAUUUCCACGAUCGAGAAGAUUUCGAAUGUAACACCUUCGACGGACUCGUUUUACAGUUGUAUAUUUCCCUUCCUAACUUUGUAAUCGAAAACGCGCGUUUGUUAUCUUUAGAAACAUCCCCGAAAUUAGACGCCUUACCGACCGUAUACCAAAUUAAUUAAAUACAAAUUAAUACAUUUUUUGAAUUAUCUGUCAAUUUAAAAGUUGAAAAUAUAUUUUAAGGACGCACAAAUGUUCAGCGAAAUUUUCUGCACUCGCACGCGUUAAACGCGUAAACUAAAUUUCAUCGCCGAGUAUUUACAGAUGAUUCAUGCCGUUUUCUCCGUAAGAAGCUGUAUUGAAAACCGCACGAAUUAUCUGCUCCGUAAAAUAUAAAAAUAGCGCCACUGCGCGCAGUGGCAAAACGCUCAAACUGUUCGACGGAUUACCAACGGUCGAAUUUGUCCAGCAGUUUCAGCGAUUUGCCACGAUGUCGAUUGGCGCUGUACGCACCCCUGAACGGAGCUUUGCAAUUUCGCCGCAAGAGGCGCCACUGCCGCGACGUUGUCGCACAUGUAGAUAAAGUAAAUUUUUGUUUUACCAA